AUGGCGAUUCCCCAGCCCGAGGAUCCCUUCCUCGAAGUGCAAACCGAUGUCCUCUCAACACUCACCUCGACCCGCCACCUGUUCUCCAGCUAUCUACGGAUCCGCACGAUCUCGACAUCAAGCACAAGCCCCGAGCUACAACAAUCACGCGCCGACCUGACGACGAACCUCGAAACCCUCAACACGGACCUCGCAGACCUCCUCGAUUCCGUCUCCGCAGUGGAAUCCGACCCUUACCGCUUCGGACUCGAUGUCGCGGAAGUCCAACGCCGCAAGCAGUUCAUCAAGGAUGUCGGCGCCGAGGUGGAGGGCAUGCGGAGAGAACUAGAAGGCGUGACGCACGACACGAAUGUCGCUGCGUCGACGGCUGCGUCUGGAGGGAAUGGGAAAGGUACACGGCCGACGCAGGGUUCCGGACCACUCGCGCCCUUCGACGACGAGCGCAAUAACUACGGUGAUGGCGACAACGACGAUCCCUACGGCGAGUUCGAGGCACAGCAGCAGCAGACAAUGAUGGCAGAGCAGGACGAGCAGCUCGACGGCGUGUUCCAGUCCGUCGGCGUUCUACGUGGCCAGGCAGUCGAUAUGGGGCGCGAGCUGGAAGAGCAAGGACACAUGCUCGACGAGGUGGAUACGUUGGCCGAUCGUGUUGGCGGGAAGUUGAACGUCGGUGUCAAGAAGGUGGGGGAGGUUAUUAGGAGGAACGAGGAUACCUACAGCAGUUGCUGCAUCGCGGUCUUGAUCUUCGUGUUGAUCAUCCUAUUGAUAUUGGUCAUCGUCAUUUAA